CACGCCGAGGUCCGAGCCAGCGUAGUAAACACACUUCAGAAACGUGAGGUGCCGGUGGUCACGUGGGGCGCAUGCCGCCCAAUGAGAGGCCGGGGGCGGGGCGGAGGCCGCUGACGCGGCGGAGUCACCCGGGCAGCCUCGGGACCGGUGACCGGCCGGCGAGCGUCCCGCGGCCUGGAGCUCUAGCCCGCGAGAUCCGAGCUCGCUGCCCACUCUGGGGCGCACAGGCCGCGUCGCGCGGAGGCCGCGUGAGCUCGUGUCCGUCCGUGGAGGCCGCCUUGGGCGCGCCACGGUCUCCUGGCGGGCCGCCUCGGUUGGGCGAGGUUUCCGUGACGUGCCUCCCGGGGCUGCUGCGACCAGCUCGGGCCGUCGUGGUGGCUCGGGCCCCGCGCGCUCGCUUGCACUCCGGGGGUCUCAGGCCCUGGAAGGUAUGCGUGUCCUCCGGACGCCGGGCGCGGGCUCCUGAAGGACGUCGCGCGUGGAUCCCGGCGCCUCGGCAGCCUCCAUUCAUCUGCCAGCUGCGCGCUCGCCGCCUCCGCGCCCCGCCUCGGCGUCGCCUCCUCCCGUCCCCUCUCUGCAGCCCUUUCCCGACUCCUCGGGUGAGGAGGUUCUCCUGGAAGCGCAGGUGUCGGUUAUGAGCCGGGCUUCCCUCCCUUGAAGCUCU